GGGGGAUUCUGCAUAAUUUAAUAUCUGGUGGAAUUUCAUGCCUUGUGGUUAGGUUUUAUUCCAUUACAUGACAAAAUGCGAAGUGGCAGAAUUGAGUUGGGAGAUGUUACACCACAUAACAUCAAACAACUGAGAAAAUUAAAUUCAGUCAUUUUCCCUGUUAGUUACAAUGAUAAGUUCUAUAAAGAUGUGUUAGAAGUUGGAGAACUAGCAAAACUAGCAUUUUAUAAUGACACAGUGGUUGGAGCUGUAUGCUGUCGGGUAGAUCAUAUUGACAAUACAAGACGACUAUACAUAAUGACGUUGGGCUGCUUAGCCCCAUAUAGAAAGCUUGGAAUAGGAACAGUUAUGGUUGAACAUGUCUUAAAGAUAUGUGAAAAAGAUGGAAAUUUUGAUAACAUUUAUUUACAUGUUCAAGUGAGUAAUGAAGUUGCCAUUGAAUUCUAUAAGAAAUUCGACUUUGAAAUAAUUGAUACAAAGAAACAGUAUUAUAAAAGAAUAGAUCCAGCUGAUGCCUACGUUUUACAGAAAACUCUACGAACGACGAAAAAGAGCUAAAAUAUAAACUACAGUAUGAAUACUUGACUGUAACAGCUUCUCCUUUCUGAUUUCUGAACUACAGAAAUACAGAAAGAACAAAACUGAAAAAUACACUCAUAGUUUGACUAGUUAAUAACAACUGAAAGCACUGAAUAGUCUUAUACCUUCUCUGUAAAAGAAAUCAUUUGACAUUUGUAAAAUAUGUAAAACAGUUCAAUAGAAAUAAAUCAAGUAAUU